AUGGACGCGCAUAAACCCACCACGUCGGAAGACGCACAGAGCUCUUCCGUGGGCGCCCCCCAGACAGAUCUGAACUCCAAGGGCGCAGCUCCAGAAACCAGCUCCAACUCCUUCCCAGCACCGGGCACGGUGGGUGAUCAGCAACCGCCUCCCCGGACCGGUGCUGUGGUGAUCGACAUGGGUACAGGCACCUGUAAGGUGGGCUUCGCCGGGCAGACGCGACCCAUCUACACCGUGGCCACCGUCCUGGGCUGCCAGGCCCGGAAGCCGACAGACACGGAGCAGCAGCCCAGGCUGGAGACAUACAUCGGGGAGGCUGCGCGCGCGCACCCGGAGCUGGCACUGGUGCAGCCGCUGCGCCACGGCAUCGUGGUGGACUGGGAGGCGGCCGAGGUCCUGUGGAGGCACCUGCUGGAGCACGACCUGCGCGUGGGCCCUCAGGACCACCCGCUGCUCUUCUCAGACCCACCCUUCAGCCCGGCCACCAACCGCGAGAAGCUGGUGGAAGUGGCGUUUGAGUCGCUGCAUGCACCUGCCAUGUACGUGGCGUCGCAGUCGGUGCUGUCAGCCUACGCGCAUGGCCGGGUCAGCGGGUUGGUGGUGGACACGGGCCAUGGCGUCACCUACACCGUGCCCGUCUUCCAAGGCUACAACCUGCCACACGCCACCGAGCGCCUGGAUCUGGCUGGGAACCAUCUGACUGCCUUCUUGGCCGAGGUGCUGCUGGGCUCCGGCUUCCCGCUGGGCCAACAGGACCUGAACACGGUGGAGAACAUCAAACAUCGUUACUGCUACGUGGCCGCCGACAUCCAGCGGGAACUGGCGCGCCCGGAACACGAGUGUCGCCAGACGUUGCGGCUGCCCGACGGGCGCACGGUCACGUUAGGCAAAGAGUUAUUUCAGUGCCCGGAACUCUUGUUCCGGCCACCUCCGAUGCCAGGGCUGGCACCCGUGGGCUUGCCCACCAUGGCCGAGCAGAGCCUGCGCAAGGUGUCGCUGGAUGCGCGCUCCGACGUGGCGCACAACGUGCUGCUGUGUGGCGGCUCGUCCCUCUUCCCCGGCUUCGAGGGCCGUUUCCGUGCCGAGCUGCUGCGCUCGCUGCCGCCCGAGGCGCACGUGGUGGUGGCGGCGCAACCCACGCGCCACUUCUCCGUGUGGAUCGGCGGCUCCAUCCUCGCCUCCCUGAGGGCCUUCCAGUCCUGCUGGAUCUUGCGUGAGGAGUACGAGGAGCAGGGCCCGCACAUCGUCUACCGCAAGUGCUACUGA